UUUCAUAUGGAAAAUAAAGAUUCCAAAAAACAUGGAUUUCCCUCACCUUCUGAUGGUCCAGUUUGCCCAUAUGGCUGUUCUCAUCAUCUCCUUUCAAAUCAUAUUUUUAGCGGCAGAGUCAUCCACUCUGAGCAUUGUCACAGACAAGGAGGCCUUGAUUUCAUUCAAAUCCCUGAUCAUAAGCACAGAACCACCCAACCCACUAUCUGAUUGGGACCAAAACUCAUCCCCCUGUAACUGGACUGGUGUCGUUUGCGACAAAGUCCAACAGAGAGUGGUGGGGCUUGAUCUAUCUGGCCUUAGGCUCAAAGGUUCCAUAAGCCCUCAUAUCGGCAAUCUCUCCUCCUUAGAGUCACUUCAACUCCAGGACAACCAAUUCACUGGAACAAUGCCUGAUCAACUUGGCAAUCUUUUUCUCCUGAAGGUCCUGAACAUAAGCUUCAACACUAUAGAAGGUACAAUACCUUCGAACAUAAGCAGGUGCACGAAGCUGAGCAUCAUCGACUUGAUGCAAAAUGAGUUUUCAGGAAGAAUUCCUGAAGGGCUCACCCACCUCCAAGAGCUCCAAGUUCUGAACUUGGCCAAAAACCAUUUAUCAGGUCCCAUUCCACCAUCCACCGCCAACCUUUCAUCACUCGUCACUUUAAAUUUAGGCACCAAUACUCUAGGUGGUGUGAUACCUAGUGACUUGGCUCGCCUUCCAAAUCUAAAGCACCUUGAUCUCACCAUCAACAAUCUCACUGGCGCACUUCCUCCCUCCAUAUACAACAUGUCUUCACUGGUUUCUUUGGCCUUAGCUUCUAAUAAUUUGUGGGGUAAACUUCCCACUGAUGUUGGAGUCACACUACCAAAUCUCUUAGUCUUCAAUUUUUGCUUCAAUAAGUUCACUGGUACCAUUCCAGGUUCACUGCACAACCUCACCAAGAUUCAAAUCAUUCGCAUGGCAUCCAACCUUUUGCAUGGAACGGUGCCACCAGGACUGGGAAAUCUCCCAGACCUGCACAUGUAUAACAUUGGGUUCAAUAAAAUUGUUAGCUCAGGCGAUGAUGGCCUGAAUUUUCUUACUUAUUUGACAAACAGUACCAGUCUCAACUUCCUCGCCAUUGAUGGCAAUCUUCUAGAGGGUGUAAUCCCAGAAUCCAUAGGCAAUCUUUCCAAGGUUCUUUCAAAAUUAUACAUGGGAGGAAAUCGUAUUCACGGACGCAUACCAGCCUCAAUUAGUCAUUUGAGUGGCUUAGCUUUGCUAAAUUUGAGCUACAACCAGAUUUCUGGUGAAAUUCCUUCAGAAAUAGGCCAGUUGAAGGAACUGGAGGAGUUGAGUUUUGCUGGAAAUCAUAUCUCAGGCCAAAUCCCAAAUUCCCUUGGAAAUCUUGGGAAGUUGAGUGCGAUUGAUUUAUCAGGAAACAACUUAUUGGGUAGCAUACCCGAUAGUUUUUUGAACUUCCCAGAUUUGCUUUCAAUUGACUUAUCAAAUAAUCAGCUCAAUGGAAGCAUACCCAAACAAAUUUUCAAUCUUCGUAAGUUAAGCACCAACUUGAAUCUUUCCAAAAACUUUCUGACUGGACCUUUGCCUGAAGAAGUUGGGAACCUGGAAAGUGUUGCCACAAUAGACUUGUCACACAACCGUUUAUCAGGCAACAUCCCCAACUCAAUCGGGUACUGUCAGAGCUUAGAGGAAUUGUUCAUGGCAAAUAAUCUGUUCUUGGGUCCUAUUCCAAGUGCUUUAGGGGAAGUGAGAGGUUUAGGAACUCUUGACCUCUCUGCAAAUGAACUUUCUGGCUCAAUUCCUCUUGAGCUGCAAAAGUUAGGAGCCCUACAGCUAUUGAACCUCUCUUUCAAUAACUUGGAAGGAAAAGUUCCUAGUGGUGGGAUUUUUACAAAUCUCUCUAGAGUUUUUGUGGAGGGUAACCCAAAGCUCUGCUUGCGUUUGGCGUGUGAGAAUAGUGGUGGCCGUACAAGAAGAUUGAUCUUGGUUCUCAUCAUAACCGCAGUCACAACAACAUUAGUGUUCUGCUUUGCAGUUGGUUUUCUGUUCUACAUAAGAAAAAGAAAAACCAAAAUCACUGCGUCAUCAGAGUCCUUCAAGGGACAGCACCAUAUGGUCUCAUACGAUGAACUUCGUGUUGCAACUGGAAAUUUCAAUCAAGAAAAUCUGGUUGGACAAGGGAGUUUUGGAUCGGUUUAUAAAGGGAAACUUAGAGAAGGUAUUGCCAUUGCAGUUAAGGUCCUUGACACCGAGAGGAAUGGAUCUUGGAAGAGCUUUUUCGCAGAGUGCACAGCUUUGAGGAAUGUAAGACACAGGAAUCUUGUUAAACUUAUCACAUCUUGCUCGAGCAUAGACUACAGGAACAUAGAAUUUAUGGCUCUCGUUUAUGAGUUCAUGAGCAAUGGGAGCUUGGAGGAUUGGAUUGUAGGAAAGAGGAAGCAUGCAAAUGGAGAGGGAUUGAGUGUAGUAGAUAGACUGAAUGUGGCCAUUGAUGUUGCUAGUGUCAUGACCUAUUUGCACCAUGAGUGCGAAGAUCCAGUUGUGCACUGUGAUCUGAAGCCUAGCAAUGUUCUUUUAGAUGAAGACAUGACUGCUAAAGUGGGAGAUUUUGGAUUGGCCAGGUUGUUGAUCGAUAGAACUGGUGAUCAAUCUUCCAUCAGCUCCACACAUGCCCUCAAAGGUUCCAUAGGCUACAUACCUCCAGAGUAUGGUCUUGGAGAGACACCAUCCACUGCAGGAGAUGUGUACAGCUACGGAAUUAUGCUGCUAGAGCUUUUUACUGGGAAGAGUCCAACUCAUGAGACUUUUGUGGGAGGUUUAAGCCUAAGGAAAUGGGUGGAAAUAGCUUUCCCUGCCAAUGUAGAGCAAGUAGUUGACUGUGAGCUGGUUCUAAACAAGGGCAGUCUUUGCCAUGAUGGUGAACCAAUAAGUCCAGAAUCAGAGCGUGAUUGCUUGGUCACGGCCAUUGGGGUUGGACUAUCUUGCACAGCUGAUUCUCCUGAUGGGCGUAUAAACAUGAGGGAUGCGCUUCGCAAACUGAAAAGCAUUAGGGACGCCCUUCUCAAACACAAUCUUACUAAGGAAAUCAAGUGUUGAUUAUUUUGGUUACAAUAAUAGCAUAAUUAGGCAUGUGUUAUAAAUAAACAAUGUGUCUGCAUGUGUAUAAUAGAGAAGUAAAGUUAUGUGUGGACUGUCUGUAUGUGUAUAAUGUAGUACUGUUAUGUAUUUGCAUGAUUGCUUAAUGUAAAAUCACAAAUCCUGUCGUUA